AGUUUGAAAGUUUGGAAAAUCCCAAACUCCACGUAACUUGACACCAUUUCUGCCUCAUCCUUUACUUUGUCAAGAAGAGAGAGGGAGUAGACCAAGGAAAGAAAUCAAAAUCAGCCAAGGCAACAUAGGAGUAAUACCUUUCUCGUUUCCUGUUCAUAAACCUUCACGUUAUAUAAAACCUCCAACACAUUCCUCUCUCUCUCUCUCCACCACAAAUCAAUCAAUUCAUCAAAACCCAAUUCGAAAUCCCAAAACCAAAAACCCAUGUCUUUGAUUCGUCGCUCUCGAGUUAUCGUCAAUGGAGUCCAAAGAAUGAGAACCCACCAUUACUACUGGUGCUUGCAAUGCCAAAGAACUGUUAGAAUUCCUUCUGCAAUUAUAGACCCCAGUGAAAUGCUCUGUCCCCAUUGUUUGAACCAGCUCCGCCACGAGAUCGACGUUUCCCGGCCUCGGCUCGCGGUGGCCACCACCGGUUUACAAGAACCGCCGGCGGCGGCGCAACUGCUAGAUGUCCUGACUCAAAUGCUACAGAAUCCCAACUCUUUUAACCAUAGCACACGAACAAACUCAGAAAACCAAAACCCAAAUAGCAAUCGCCGAGGCUGGAUAAUCCUCCAAUUCCUCAACCCAACCCACCGUCGGCCACCACCCAUGAUCUCCCCACCGGAAAACCCGCUUUCUCCGCUCACCGAUCCAAUCCAAUCCAACAACGACGGUGGCCUCGAAGACUUCAUCCAGCAGUUGGCUCAGAUCGAUCGGCCGGGCCCACCAGCAGCACCCAUGUCAGCAAUUGAUUCCUUAGCAACCGUGAACUUGACGCAAGCCCAUUUGGAAAACGACUCGGUUUGUCCGAUAUGUAAGGAGGAGUUCGAGGUUGGCGGGGAGGUGAGAGUAUUGCCUUGCAAGCACUUUUACCAUUCCGAUUGCGUUGUCCCGUGGCUUCGGAUUCAUAAUUCUUGCCCCGUUUGCCGCUUCGAGCUGCAGGGUGAUUUUUCCGACGACUGCGGCAGCGGCAGCGAGGGUUUUCUCGGCGGCGGGGAAGAGCUGAGGAACGGGUUGAGGUGGUUGUGGAAUUGGGUGUUGGGUUUGUGGCCUUUUCGUCUUUUGUGGAAUUGGAAUGUUUAUCGCGAUAAUGGUGGGCUUAAUUUCCAAGACGAUGGAAUAUAUGCUCCUGAUGGAGGUGAGAAUUCACUAUUUUACCAUUUCACUUUAUUUUUAUUUUUAUUUUUAUUUUUGAUUUCCUAAUUCUAUUAAGUUUACGAUUGCAAUUUGAUGGAAUCAAGUCUGGACGGUAUUGUUGGGAUCGCGAUUUCCACCAUAGUCGUCCUAAUAAUAAGCUAUGUGACAAAUGAAAUUCAAUUACUAUAUAAUUUACAUGAUUUUAUUUCAUUUGUGCUGAAAAAAACAAUUAUGAUUUUAAAACUGGAAUAUCCAUUUUUUGAUGCAAUAAAAUGAUAUAAUUAAAACUAUCGAAUGAGCUUAAUUUUUCUUCUAAUGAAUAAUUGAACGCUGGUACUCAUAAUAAAAUAAAUGAAUGGAAUAAGAAAAAAUAAGACUUAUGGUAGGAAGAAGCCCACCAAAAUCGUUAGGUUGAUUAAUUAUUUUUUAAACAGUUGCAAUUCAUUUUGCGGACCUAACAUGAACUUUUGAAUCUGCACCAUAUAUACAAUUGACUUUUGGGUGAAAAUUUUGCAAAUAUGUACACUAGCAUGAUUGAAAACCAGUACCUAAAGUUCUUGCAUGCUAUAUAUUAGGGUGAGCAUGGUUUGGAUUGAUUCGAUUUUAAUUAUAGUAAAUCAAGAUCCAAACCAAUAUCUGCGGAUUGUGAAUUUCGACAACCAAAUCAAUCCACAGAAUGCAUAGAACCAAACCAAUUCAAAUCAUAAAAAUAUGGUUUGGUUCCAGUUUUGACCAUGGUUUGCAUACAACAGAGAUAUCUAUUUUCAUAAACUAUUUAAAUUAAGUACUGAGAGACAUUAAAUCAAUCAUUAUUAGUAUUAAAAUCAAUUCUUUUCUUAUGUAAGGGAUAUCUUAAAGAAAGAACUACUCUCUCCGUUUCUAAAUAAAUGUCUAGUUGCACUUUUUCAUAUUAUUUUUGAAUUAAUUAUAUCUUUCAAUUUAUAUCAUUUUUUUUUAUAAUUUUUAAAACUUUGUCUAAUAGAAUCAAUUGAAAUCUAUCAAACAAUAUUCGGAUUGCGUAUAAAAAAUAAUAUAUUUUAGAAAAUAUAAAUAAUUUUUAAAAUUUCUAGAAUAGUAACAUAGACAUUUAUUAAGGGAUAGGAGUAUUACUGAUAAAAAAAAAAGGGCCGGGAGUAUUAAGAGAUAAAAUAGUGGCUAACAAGGAGUGCUUAUUAUGAUUGGGAAAGAAAGAGAUGGAUGCAAUUUGUCAAUUAUGUUUAUUACCUUAGGUUUAGAUAAAAUAGGAAUAUAGUUUCAAAAUAUAAAUUUAGAGUAUUAGACUAGAAAAUUAAUUGACUAUGGCUUAGGCUAGUUUUAUUUGGUGUAUCUAAAUAGUGUAUGUGUAUAUAUAUAUACACACACACGCGCACGCACAUACAUAUGGUUCGGAUCGGAUUGGAACCGGAACUGUUGACAUAAAUCCAUACACCAAACCAUUGAACAUGGUUUAUAAUUUUUUAAAACCGGAGCCAAACCAAACUACUAAAAAAUCGAACCAAACUAUGCGGUUUGGAUUGGCUUGGACCGGAUUCGCGGAUCGACGGGUUUUUUGCUCACCCCUAAAUUAUUCAAGUACUCCUCGAUUAUACUUCUUAUUAACAUUUAGGCUCUGUUUGGAAGUUAGGGAAAGAAAAGGAAAAGGAAAGAAAAUGAUAAAA